AUGGUGCCCGACCAUCUGUACGAGAAGGUGCAGCCGAUUCUGCAGGACGACGCGCUGGACGAGGAGGACAAGACCGACAAGCUGGAGGAGCUGCUGCGCAAGGAAACGGGCCUCACAGGCAAGUCGCUGGAGAACGUCGUCCUGGACUGUCUGUGGCGCUAUCGCGACUCCGGCAGCGCGUCCAGCUCUCCACCGCCCAGCCGUCACACCAUCAUCCGCCGUCCCUCGCCCGCGCCCUGGCAGCAGAACCGCGCGCCCACCCCCGUAAACCACUCGCCGCGCAUCAUAAACCCACCGCCGGGCUUUGGCAUCGCGCCGCCAGCCUUCACCCGCGCAAAAUCCCAUACUGGAACUGCGUCACCGUUUACCUCGCCGCGGCCGUCGCCGCGCCUGGCCUUUGCGACGCCCCAUAUCCCGCACAGUCCCAGUCUCAGCGCAUAUCAGUUCAGCGAGGGUACCAGUCCGAACAACGAGUACGGAGAUCUCGACAGUCAUUCUGUGGACUGGCUCGUGAACGGCGACUCGGGCAGCACCGAGUCAUCGUUGCUUGGAGAUGGCACGCUCAAUGGCGCGGCCGCAGAGUGGAUCCAGCCCCAGACAAUGGACAUGGGGCCGUACGACAUGCUGCGCUCCGUCCUGGGGAACGAAAGAACAGACGACGAGAUCGAGGUGGCCCUGGAAGCCAAUGGCUACGAUCUCACUGCUGCCUUGCUUGCUCUGAUGAGCGGGCAGAACGGACAAGUCCCGGCCGCCACCACACCAAUGGGCAGCGAGUCUGGGUAUCUGAUUGGAAAGUCGAUGAGCCCUGCUUUUAGACCGGCGACGCCUGUUGGACAGCAGAAGAGCAACAUCGUAUGCAAGUACUUCUUGUCCACGGGACACUGUGCUAGGGCAGACUGCAGGUUCAGCCAUGACACUACGAAGACGCUAUGCAAGUACUUUUUGAACGGGAAUUGCCUCGCUGGCGAUACCUGCUUAUUCUCCCACGAUCCAUCAGCGCUACUGGCGCGCAUGGCCGUCUCAGAUGUCUCGACACCGCCGCUGCAAGCAGCUGUACCGCAUCUCCACAUGUCCGAUUUCGAUGUGUUCCCUUCUCUCCAAGGAUCUGACUCUCCGUAUGGCACACCACAACCUUCUUCGCUGGAGCAACUCUACGGCUUGACGGGAAGCGGCCACACACGGCCUCCGCCUGGCCUCAGCCCUUUCCCAGUCUUCACACCUGGAGCAGGUAGCCGUCCACAGUCACGAACUGGCAGCCGUCAAGUCUCACGCGCCACAACCCCCUCCGUCCUUGCCGUCGAUGACAAUGAGGCUUUUCCAAGUCUUGGAUCCGCUGCUGCUGCAAAGACGGGCAAACGACAUCAUGGCAAGCGAGGCGGUCAUGGCCACAAGGACGCCGUGGUGUCGAGCAAUCUGGCGGAUGUUGUACGCAUGUCGCCAGCACCAGCACCAGCACCAGCACCAGCACCAGCAUCACCUGUUCCAGCGCGCAAAGGACUCAAGACUGCUAAGAGUUUCACUGGGUCCCGCGAGAACAGUGCUGCUGCUCAGUCGAUUCCUGCACCACAGCACAUUCCAUGGCUGGAGACGGGUGAGAAGGGGAACCAAGCAUAUCUCAAGGCUCGUGCGGAAGCUUUCAAGCAUGGUAGCCUAAGGAACAAGUUCCUGCAAAGCGCUGCACAAGCUUGGAAUCGCAGUGAUUCUCGUGCUGCCAAGGCCCUCAGUCUGAGAGGACAAAGUGAGAACAACCUGAUGCGCGAAGCACAUCGGGAGGCUGCACGCAUACUCUACGAGGAGCGGAACAAAGCCAACGAUGACUCGAAAGAGUUGUAUGUUGAUCUACACGGACUCCACCCAGACGAAUCGGUAUCCUAUCUCGAAGGCAUCCUCCUCAAACACAGCACCCUCUCUCGCCCUGUCUACGCCAUCACCGGCACCGGCCACCACUCCAAGAACGGCAAAGACAAAGUGGGGAAAGCCAUCCGCGGCUUCCUCAACGAAUGGCGCUACGCAUUCCGCGAGUUUUCUGUCCCUGGAGACCGCAAUAACGUCGGUGGCAUACUUGGUAUCGACCCAAGCAGCUAUGAUAAGAGCGUUGCUGAGCGGCCUAAGGAGAGCGAAGAGUCGGUAGAAGAUGGGAAGAAGGAUAACAAGAUUAGGAUCAUGAAGAGAGAAGAGGUUUUAGACGCACCGAAAGGGCCGAAGCGCGCUGCUUGA